CUGGACUACUCCAUUGGAUUACACAGGUGCGCUACGACACACACGCGCGCGCCGGGGAACACUCAGCAGCCAUGUUCCCCGAAAGCCCGGGGGGCAGUCCCUCCGUGACUGCGGAGAUCACACAACAUGUCUUGGAAUUAUGGCACGAAUAUCGAAUUCCGAUCAUCAUGUCGACUCUAUUUGUUCUAGGCCUGCUCCGUUUGUAUCUGCAUUCGACUGAUGACAGAUUGGUCUCACGGGUACAACCCGACUUUGACAAAAAAGCAUCCCAAAAUGCGAGCGUUGGCGCAAUGGAGAAGCCCGAGGUCGUAGUUACCAAGGAUGAAGGUUCUGAAGGGUCGGAAAGCACCGAGACGGGAAAUAACAGGAGGGCGGCAAAGCAUGGCCCGAGGAGAAUCAGAGGUGAUAUCAACAAAAAGAAGCGGGAGAGCGCGGAAGCCGGGAGCGAGGGGCGCAGAAUCCAGGUCCUGGUCUUUUACUCGUCCUUGACAGCCAGCACAGAGAAGAUCGCCCGAACGUUCAGCCAAGAAUUGGCGGCUUCUCUGGGUUGUUCUACGGAAAAGGAAGCGGAGAGCAGGUUCCUAGCCCCGCGGGUCCUGGACCUGGCUGAAAUCGACUUCGACGAAUACUUCAUCACUCCCCCUAAAUCCGAGUCUGAGCCCGCCGACUGCUUUUAUCUCUUCAUCAUACCCAGCUACAACAUUGACAGCAUCAAUGACACAUUUCUCGAACAUCUUCGAGAGACGCACCAUGAUUUCCGCAUCGAUACAUCUCCCCUCGCCACUAUCCUGGGAUACUCGGUGUUUGGCUUGGGAGACAGGGAGGGAUGGCCGACCGAAGAAGAAGGGUUCUGCUUCCAGGCGAAGGACGUGGACAAGUGGAUGGCCAAGCUAAGCGGGCGUAAGCGCGCGUAUCCGCUUGGAAUGGGCGACUGGAAGCGAGACGGCAAAGAGAGGAUGUCAGAAUGGACAGCCGGUUUAGUCGACGUACUCAGACAGUUGGAGCAGACGGGCACCUUGGGAGAGGGUGUGCCGGGCUCCGGAGAUCCUCUAGAGAGUGACGACGAAGGAGAGGCGGAAGAUGACGGCGAAGUGCCGGACGAGGAGGUUUCCGUAUCCAAGGCUGCAAAAGGGCGGAGCUCUGGCAGCCUCGAGGAUGUUGAGGAUAUCGGUCGCAUCAUGGAGGCCUCGCAAGGGGGGGAUUCCGGCAAGAGAUCGGCCGCACCGCUCGCCAUCGACUUCACCACAGAGGGGAAACCGGCGGCCAAGAAGGCUGCCAGUGCCGCGGUAAAGGAGAUGGUGCCGAGGAGCUCGCCCACGUACGCCGCCCUGACGAAACAAGGCUACUCGAUCGUCGGCUCGCACUCCGGCGUCAAGAUCUGCCGCUGGACGAAAUCCGCCCUGCGUGGCCGGGGCUCCUGCUACAAGUUCUCCUUCUACGGCAUCAACUCGCACCAGUGCAUGGAGACGACCCCCUCGCUCUCGUGUUCCAACAAGUGCGUGUUCUGCUGGCGCCACGGCACGAACCCGGUCGGCACGACCUGGCGGUGGGUCGUCGACCCGCCGAAGCUGAUCUUUGACGGCGUCAAGGAGAACCACUACAAGAAGAUCAAGAUGAUGCGCGGCGUCCCCGGAGUGCGGGCGGAGCGCUUCGCCGAGGCGAUGCGCAUCCGGCACUGCGCGCUGUCCCUGGUGGGCGAGCCCAUCUUCUACCCGCACAUCAACGAGUUCCUGGGCCUGCUGCACGGGGAGCGCAUCUCGUCGUUCCUGGUCUGCAACGCGCAGCACCCGGACCAGCUCGCGGCGCUGCAGCACGUCACGCAGCUGUACGUCAGCAUCGACGCGUCCAACCGCGAGUCGCUGCGGCGCAUCGACCGGCCGCUGCACCGCGACUUCUGGGAGCGCUUCCAGCGCUGCCUCGACAUCCUGCGCGAGCGCCGCUUCCGCCAGCGCACCGUCUUCCGGCUGACGCUGGUCAAGGGGUUCAACAUCGAGGACGAGGCGGAGGGCUACGCCGACCUGGUGGAGAAGGGCCUGCCCUGCUUCGUCGAGGUCAAGGGGGUCACGUACUGCGGCACGUCGACGUCGAGCAGUGCCGGGCUGACCAUGGCCAACGUGCCCUUCUACCAGGAGGUGUGCGACUUUGUCGUGGCGCUCGAGAAGGCGCUGCGGAAGAGGGGCCUCCAGUACGGCAUCGCGGCCGAGCACGCGCACAGCUGCUGCAUCCUGCUCGCGAGCGAGCGGUUCAGGGUCGACGGCAAGUGGCACACGCUGAUUGACUACGACAAGUUCUUCCAGCUGCUGGAGGAAAAGGGCCCGGAUGGCGACUUCGGCCCGGAGGAUUACAUGGGCCCGCCGACGCCCGAGUGGGCGACGUGGGGUAAUGGCGGGUUCGAUCCGAGGGAUCAGAGAGUGGACAAGAAGGGACGGCCGAUCGAGGCGGCAUGAGGACUUGGGUCAGGCGCAGUCUGCUCACCCCCCGUAGAAAGGGAAGAGUUCUACUGUAUGUAUAUGAAACCAUUGAUUCGUCAUUAUAUAAGCCAAACAGCAACCCCCCUAGCGUUGCCCCCCUUGCUGCGGUUGGUUUUUUUUCGCGAUGCAAUUUAUGUGUACAGGAAUUUAUCACUCUUACAUCCUGCUCCCUCUGUAUCUUGUUGAUAGGAACCAGCCACG